GACACCAGUACCAGCACCGGCACCAGUACCAGCACCGGCACCAGCACCGACACCAGUACCAGCACCGGCACCAGCACCGACACCAGUACCAGCACUACCACCAGUACCAGUACCAUUACUACUACCACCACCACCACCUCGAUCCUUGGUAAGUCAAAUGUGUCUUGUAGAUACCAUAGUUCGAGUGUUAAGUAUGUCUCCUUAA